AUGUCUUCCAAGCUGGAGAUGCUUGCGGACACAACAUCAUUAUCGCGACGCUACCAGCCGGAGAAGUCGGGUCUCCCAAACCUCUCACGAAACCCACCACUGGAUAUUCGUCUCGGUGAUGUUCUCGUGGGGUUACCAGUGGGUGACAAUGCUGGUCUAGUAGACUAUGACCUGGGUAAAGAGACUGGCACGGAGGGAUUUCAGCUUCUCCGUGCUGGCCAUGCGCUGGCGAAAACAGCAACGGUGGUUAGGUCAGCCAUUGGUAGUAUCAAGCUCAGGGCGCCCAACAAUUCAAAUGAUGUCAUGCAGCACUACAAGAGAAUUGAACACAAAGAACACGCCUUUGGCACUUUUGCAGAUCCGGGACAAGGCCGAGACAUGCUAUAUCAAAUUAAUGAGAAUGGAAUCGAAUGUCCUGUGGUACGAGAGCUAAGGCCAGAUUCGGAGCGCAUUCGUGUAUGGUACGGGCCAAUAGGCUCGGGCGACAAAUUGAUGAAGAACGCCGACAAGCGGAACGAGUUGAGAGACAAAUACAACAUCAUUGGCCUCGAGAUGGAGGCGGCUGGGACGAUGGACCAAAUUCCAGUCGGUAUCAUCCGAGGGGUUUGUGACUAUGGAGACGAACAUAAGAAUGAUGAGUGGCAGCCGUAUGCCGCCGCAAUGGCUGCUGCGUACGCAAGAGCAGUCUUGGCAGAGAUACUUCCAGAAAAUAUGGUUCCAAUGCCCUCCGUGGAUGUAUCACCCAAACGCAAACUCGAUGAAGAAGGCUCUGCCUCUGGAAAUGAAGAUAGGAAGCGUCAAUGUUACGCUGAGCGGGGAAAACAUCCAGCUACGGAAACGACGGACAACGAGGUGAAGAAGUCAUUAAUAGAACAGCUCUAUUUUGACAAGAUCGACGAGCGCCUAAUGAACUUAACAGCAGCUCAAGGGAGGACCUGCUGCUGGUUUCUCGACAAGCUCGAAUACAUAUCCUGGAACGACGCAUCACAACGGCCAAAUCAUGGUGGAUUUCUUUGGAUUAAAGGUCAUCCUGGCACCGGGAAGUCAACUCUCAUGAAAUUCCUGUUUGAAAGGACCAAAGUCAACGCCAAAGGAGAUUCGUUGCAAAUAAUAUUGUCAUUCUUCUUCCUCGCGCGAGGUACAGUAGAAGAGAAGUCAACGAUGGGACUUUAUCGUUCACUUCUUCACCAACUCUUUCAAAAGGUGCCAGAGACGCAAAAAGGUUUAGAGUGGAUGACGAGAGAUGGUGCCAAAGUUAUACAACGGAACGGAUGGAACGAGAAAGCAUUAAAGCAGACACUUGCGCAUGCCGCACGAGAACUCGGUAAUCGGUCGCUAACAAUAUUUAUCGAUGCGCUGGACGAAUGUAAUAAGAAUCAGGUUGCGGACAUGCUGUGCUUCUUCGAAGAGCUAUGCGAGAGUGCACAAGAGUUGCAAAUCCGGUUGCAGGUCUGCUUUUCAAGUCGACAUUAUCCGACGAUCACAAUAGGAAAGGGUAUUGAAGUGAACCUCGAAGAUGAACCUGGUCAUACAAAGGAUAUUGAAUAUUACAUAAACUCUAAACUCAGGCUAGGGAAAUCGAACCAAGCUCUCUUGCUACGAUCUGAGAUUCUCGACAGGUCUUCCAAUAUUUUUCUUUGGGUCGUAUUGGUUCUUGAUAUUCUCAAUCGGGAAUACCCUAAUACCUCUAUCUCAAUCAAAAAGAUGCGUGAUCGCCUGAAAGAAAUUCCACCUGAACUAAACGACUUGUUUGAGAUGAUUCUUACGAGAGACAGCGAGGACCUUGAUCGGCUACGCCAUUGUCUCAUAUGGAUUCUCUUCUCAAAUCGUCCACUGAAGCCACAAGAACUUUAUUUCGCGGUCCAGCUUAGUCACGACACAGAGUGCCUGGGCUAUUGGGACCAAGAUGACAUUGCGUUCGAGGAGAUAAAAACUUUCGUGAGUAGCUCUUCAAAGGGCCUAGCUGAAGUCACACGAAACAAAGCUUCGGAAGUCCAAUUCAUCCACGAGUCUGUCAGAGACUUCUUGCUCAAUAAAUACGAGUCAGAAUGGUUCGAAACUUCCGGUAACUUCAGGGGGAAUAGCCACAAACUUCUAAAGAAUUGUUGCUUGGCUCAGCUGAACAGCUUGGUCCUUCAAGACAUUGGUAUAAUAGAUCCUCUACCGCCAGCAUCUGAGACAGCACAAUUGCGGCAUACAAUUAGCUUAAAUUAUCCAUUUCUUGAAUAUGCGGUACUCAACGCGCUUCAUCACGCCAAUGGUGUCCAGCAAAACGGUAUAGGUCAGGAACAUUUUCUGGCCGAUUUUCCUCUUAAAAAGUGGAUAACUCUACACAACACCUUUGAGCAACAUCAAAUCCGGCGAUAUACGGAUUCAGUCAGUCUCCUCUACAUUCUUGCAGAAAGAAAUCUGGUGAACUUGAUUGGCAUCCAUCCUAAGAAAUUUUCGUUUUUUGAUAUAGAAGACGAAACUGAGCGUUAUGGCACUCCAAUAUUUGCGGCGCUUGCCAUCAAUAAUUAUCAAGCAGUUCAUGUAUUCUUAAAAACGUUAGCAGCAAAGUUACCACCAGGAUCGCCACUUCAUGAACUCUGCGAACUGUAUCGCUGGAAUAAAACUAGUUCGAGAAUAUUUAGACGUGAUUUUACUUUCAGACGCAAGGCAGGCAUCCUUCAUUAUCUCCAAGCAGCAGGUGAUGAAACGUUAAUCUGCGCAUUUCUUUCAUUACGAGGGCCUAGUGCACUGCUUGACGAUGCCUGCAACAGGAUGUCACCAUCACAGACUACUUGGUACAGAGAUGGUGGAAUUUCAGAUUCUCGUUGGAACGAGGCGAAUAUCCAGGACGCGAAGUUGCUAUCAUGGGCUGCUGAAAAUGGCUAUAAAGGUGCUGUUCAGCUGCUCCUUGAGAAAAGUAGCCUUGGCCUAAACCAUGAGGAUGAUUACGGUCAGACACCUCUGUUAUUGGCUACUAAGAGGGGUCACGAAGAUAUAACUCAGCUGCUGCUUGCGCAAGAUGACAUUGAUCCAAAUAACAAGGAUAAAUACGGCCAGACACCACUUUUAUGGGCUGCUAGAAAUGGCUACGAAGUUAUUGUUAAGAUGCUGCUUGCACAUGAUGAUACUGAUCCAGAUAAUAAGGAUAAAUUCGACCAGACGCCACUUUUAUGGGCUGCUAGAAAUGGCCACGAAGCUAUUGUGAAGAUGCUGCUUGCACAUGAUGUUGAUCCAGAUAAUAAGGAUAAAUACGACCAUACACCACUUUUAUGGGCUACUGAGAAUGGCCACGAGGCUAUUGUUCAGAUGUUACUUACGCAAGAUGUUGACCCAAAUUAUAGAAGCCCUUCAACAAACCAGACACUUGUAUCGGUAGCUGCUAUGAGAGGUCACGAAGCCGUUGUUCAGGUGCUGCUUGCGCAUGGUGUUGACCCAGAUUCCAAGAAUACAUAUAUGCAGUCACCCCUACUACUGGCCGCUGCAAUUGGUCACGAAGCUGUUGUUCAAGUGGUCCUUGCACAAGGCGGCAUCAAUUUAAAUUACAGUGGUGAGCAAGCAUUGCUAUGGGCUGCUACGAGUGGCCACGAAGCUAUUGUUCAGAUGAUACUGGCGCAUGGUGUUGACCCAGAUUGCAAGGAUGCAGAGAACAGGACACCCCUAUUGUUGGCCGCUGCAAAUGGUAAUGAAGGUGUUGUUCAGAUGCUUACGCAAGUUGGUGUUAAUUUAAACCAUAAAGAUGACCGCGGCAAAACACCAUUAUUAUAUGCUAUUACAAAUAGCCAUAAAGCUGUUGUCCAGCUACUCCUGACACAAGAUGACAUUGACCCAGAUUGCGAGGAUGAAUUCAGUCGGACACCACUGUUAUGGGCUGCUAAGAGUGGUCAUGAAGCUGUUAUUCAGCUAUUGCUUGCACAAGAUCUUAAUCUAAGCUGCCGAGAUAUAUAUGAUCGGACGCCCCUAUUAUUGGCUGCUGCAAAUGGCCACGAAGUUGUGGUUCAGCUACUACUUACACAAGGCGUUGACCCGGAUUGUAAGGAUAACUGCGGCCAGACACCGCUGUUAUGGGCUGCUGCAAAUGGCCACGAAUCUGUUGUUCAGCUACUACUUACACAAGGCGUUGAUCCAGAUUGCAAGGAUAACAACGGCCUGACGCCGCUGUUAUGGGCUGUUAAGCGUGGUCAUAAAGAUGUUGUUCAGCUACUACUUGCACAAGAUGGCAUGAGUAAAUAUCGGUUGACGUGA